GGGAUUAUCAUCCAGUUCAUAUUGGUAUACCAGUGAAAGAUGAUGAUAGUGUUUGUGAUACUCAUCUACUUCAAUGGUCUCCUUGUUAGCUCUGAGAGUAACUACUUUCCCUUCCUGUAUCCUACUGACUAUUCAAUAAUAAGUGGCUAUGAUGAUUACGCUAAAAAGGUACUGCUGCCCUCUUCACUAAGGUUUGGAUCAUGCCAUACUGAAGCAUGGAUCAGUACUAAUGGGCUGAUUAGUUUAGGAACAAGUUUCACUGCCUAUGGUCCCAAUUCUUUUCCAAUUACUACUCCAGUCAUUGCUCCAUUUUGGGAUGACAUUAACAUAAACGGGAGAGGUGAAGUACGCUAUGAUAUCAUAACUCCAACAACAAAUCUUUCAUUGUGUAAUCAAGUCAAUGAUUACUUAUCUACUUCAACUGGUAGUAAUGUAUCUGUUGAAUGGAUACUGUGGGCCUACUGGCAUGAUGUAUGCCCAUUUGGUGAUAAUUAUUGCAACAAUACUGAGUCUAAUCAUUUUCAGGUUGUAUUAGCUCAUCAAAGUAAUGCUACAUAUGCUGUGUUUAUAUACAAGUGUGGACUCAUACGAUGGACAAGACACAGAGCUGGUGUUGGUAUUAAUAGUGGUAGUGGGUAUUAUAUUAAUCAUCCGUUAUCACGUACUAAUAAUGCUACUAACAUAGACUGCUAUGAUGCAGUAUCAGGAUGGACUAAUGUUGUAUACAGACUAGAUCAAGUUAUAGAUAGGUUUGAAUUAUUAUCCAUUACACCUCACAAUAUUACAGUCUCAUGGAAUAUCAUCCCUAACAACAACAGUACACUUGUCUUGAAUAUCACUAAUUCACUUCAAACAGUUAAUGAUAUCAUUACUGCUACUGAAUAUAACAAUGUAUAUAAUUAUACUAAAGGUAUUUUGUAUUCUUGUAAUGCAUAUACCUUCAAACUGGCACUGCCUAUGUCAAAUGAAUGUAACGACAGCAUUAGAAUCAUCUCUACAACAGCAAUGACACCAAAACCUGACAAUGUCUCUGCAUCAUAUCUAAACAAUGAAACAUUAAUAACAAGAUUUCAAAUACAGCAGUGCUUUAUAAAUAAUGUGCAAUUGAUUCUGUUUGAAGUUAAUGGACACAUUAAUACAUCAGAUCCAUUGGAUAUUGAUAGUCUUCAAUACAUUGAUGAGUUUUAUAUUAUACACUGGAAUAUAAAACUAAAUAAUCAUUCAUUGUAUUACCUAACAGUAUCAGCAAUUGGUACAUAUAAAACUAGUACUACCGAUGUAACAGAAAUAAGCAGAUAUAAUGUAAAGGAUAUAAUAAUAGAGAGGAAUGAAGAUAUUGUCUGUUUUACUUGUAUAACUCAAAUUUUUAAUGAAUGUCAAGUAAUAACAGCAUCAACAACAACAACACUGAUACCACAAUCAAUACAAACUAAUGGAAUAUGUUAUUCAUUUACUGAUAAUGGAACAUACACUGUAUAUGCACAUGAUAUUGAGAAUGGAAUAAAGAUACUGACACCAGCAAUAGUUAUUGAAUACACAGUUGACUGGAUUAAACCAUCAGAUACAGAGAGUGAAUUUUCAAAUACAAUAGAGUUUAUGAUAAACCGAACAAGCAGCAAAGGAUUGAUAAUUCCAAUGGAGUCCAGUGCUACCUCAACUAGUUCAGUAUUACUUACUACUGCUACUAAUAAUAUUGAUAGUCAAAGUCAAUCACAGGUCACUAACAUAAUAUUGGGAGUUCUCCUUGGACUCACAACCCUUGCUGUUCUCAUAUUAUUACUAGCAAUGAUUGCAAUACUGAGGAAAAAAGGUAAAGCCAAAUCUGACAACUCCAUACCUGAUCAUACUUCAGAGACUUAUGAGAUCCCAUUCACAAAAAAAGAGGAUCCAACAUAUGAAAUGAUAAACAAUAAAAUACUAUCAACUGAUAACUGCAACAACUACACUUCUCUUAGUGUCAGUACUAUUGAUAACUCAACAAUAUAUGAUGUCCCAGAAACAAGCCCAUAAGUUUCAUCUUGCCCAUCUAAAGUUGGACAUUUUAAAUGAUACAUUAAUUAUAUAACUCAUAAACACACACACAUGUAUUUUAUGGUAUUGUAGUUCAGUGUGUAAAGGCUGCACAAAUUUAUGCUAUAAUAUAAAAAACUUAACAAAUAAGUGUUGGAAUGUAAAGCUGAAAGUUAUUAACACAAAAACAUAGAAAGAAAACAGACCGUGCAGAUGUAAACAAUGACUGAGCUAUAAACAUUACAGAAACAUUGCACACAUGCACUUUGUACCCUAUACUCAAUUCAUAAAGAAAAUCAAACAAAAUGAUAAACAGAUAAUAAUCAUAUUUAUGUAUUUUUAUAAAUGUAGUCCUUACCCGUGCUAAUUGCUGGCCAGGCAAAAUUUAUGGGCAUAAAUAUGUAUAUCCAUAUCCUUUCAUUUCUCACUUAACAUUUGCUGUCUAUUUGCCUACUUGCAGAAAGCACAUGUACUUGUACAGAUUAAUGUAUACAUUGAUGCACAUAUUAAAAACAUUAAAUACAUGAAGUUCCCACGCUUACACAAACACAUCACAACAUCACAUUGAAUACUUGAUUAUAAUACUUAAAUAUAUAAUGCCAUUGCUGUUAUUAAAUUAAAGCUUUUAUACCUUUGACCACAAGCAUAAUUGGCCAAUGUUUAAAAAUUAUAAUAAAAAUAGUGGUAACUGGUAUUAACAAGACAAACUAGACAAAUUAAGCAAAAAUGAAUGCUUUAAAACAGAUCAACAAUGUCUAAAAUUAUCAAUAGUACUGGGUACAAUUGUAUGGUACAAUACAGUUUAGAGAUCACUGGUUCUGUUACAAUUAACAGUAUAGACUUUAUAUGUUUACACUAUGUUAAUGUGUGAGACUACCCAGUGAACAACAUAAUCAAAGCAUAUGGUAUGCACUAUUACAAUAUUUCACUGCUGCCUUACACACACACAGUAUAAUGGAAUCCAAAUACACACACAUCAAGUGAGACUUAAGUGAGUGACAUUAUGUAACAUGCUGUUUGAAUCUUAUCAGUAAUUGUAUGUUAAUGGUCCUUUG